AUGGACUCUUUCGAUAGACUAAGUAGCUAUCUCGUGAGGCUACCGUUUAACUCGGAUUUCAAGUUUAGUAACCAGGUCCGGAAAGAUAUACGGAAAACGUUAUACUAUAUCAUCACAGAGGAGGGCCAAUACUUAGAACACUGUUUUCCACCUCCACAAGAACUCCCGGCCCUUCAAUGGAAUGAGAGAAAGAAUUGCUAUGACCCAUCAGAUUCCGUGUCAGAUAGCUUUGAAUGGGUAGCGGAGGAUUCCACCCUUACUCAUUCUGAUCAUCCUGGCAUGCCAUGUGCUAAAAAAUUUAAACGUGGAGAGGCAUGUUAUCGAUGCUUAACAUGUAGCACCGUUGACACAUGCGCUCUCUGUCAAGCAUGCUUUGAAAGUUCCUCUCAUGAAGGACACAAAUAUUUCAUCAACAUUACCCAAAGAGAAAACGUAGGUGUUUGUGAUUGCGGAGAUUCAGAGGCUUGGGCUUCUCCCAUCGGGUGCAAACAUUUUACGAAAGAUCCAAGCAAGAUUCCGGAUCUUCCUGAAGAUUACCUACAAAGACUCCACUGCUAUUUUUCCAUCAUUUUAGAUUAUACCAUCGACGUCCUGGCCACAUCAACUCUAUCAAUUGGUUCGAACCAACAGAAUUUGUCAUCAGUCAUUGACUACUCUAAAAAAUCAAAUCUGAGCGAACAAGUGUACCACGCUGAAGAUACCACUAGUUCGCAUUAUAUGCUCGUGCUUUACAAUGAUCAGUUGAAACAAUAUAGAGAUGCUGUGCAGUGUAUUCGUGCGAUCAACGGUAACUCCUUAGAAUUUGCCGAGAUGGUCGCCAAUCAGAUACAAAAUUACGGAAAAGCUUAUGUUUUAGGUGGAGAUGAAGCUAUGAUAGAAUCAAAGAAAACAAUCCUUGAUAAUUAUGGGAUGCGUUACGUCAUCAGAAGCUACAGAGAUGUUUUCAGGGAGGAAAUGUGUGAUGAAAUAGUUAAAUGGAUGGAUAAUUUAACUACAACGCCUUUAUUCCGUAUGUUUCAAUCUGUGAGAGAUGUUUUUUGCGAGGUGUUUCUACAGAAAUGGUCUCCUGGUUUGGCUGAUAUGAGUAUUGAAACAUUUAACGAUGAUCAUUUGUUGGAGCAUGGACUUUUAGGUGAAUUAUAUGAAAUUUUGAAUUUUCCAGAUAAUUUAGUCAACGUUCCUCAAAGGUUUUAUAUCUCUUACAUGAAUAGCAAACAUGAACCCAAAGUAUGGGAUAUAAGUAGAGGAUUAACACAGCAAGUGGGAUACGAUCUGACAUCUCAUGCUAAAAACUCGUUCAGAGGCUCCCGUUUACAGUACCUUUGGUAUUUUGACAUAAGGCUAUGGAAGUCCCUCAGAACGACCAUUCAUGAUAUUUACGUCUCUGCACUAUUGGCUAACCAAAAAUACAGGGUUUUCAUCAACUGUCAGUAUGUUGAUAUCUACCCUCAAAUUGCCCAAAUGUUUCUCACACUAGAUCGAGAGCCCGAAAACUCUCUUAUGGUGUGUUUAUCGACACAGCUAUUUGCCUCCUCUGCCAACACGGAUGUUUCGCUUGAACGAGGUGAUUUGAAGAGAAUGUUGCUGGUUGUGUAUUCUUUUUUGACAAGGGUAGAGGGGGAUCCUGAUGUCACGGAGGUUAACUUCGAUGCAAUGAAAAACAAAAAAUGGGGCCAGAUCAUGUUUGAUAUGAGUCAUUUGAUAAGCAGAAGUACGAAGCAUGAAUUUUUAUUUGAUCAUGAUUUAUGGGGUGACAUUAUCGAUCUUGUUGGACUAUUUCAAGGUUGUUCAACAAUGAAACGAGCAGCCGAAGAGCAUGUACAAUAUGAGUCGAAUAACUAUGCGAUUUAUUUUUAUGCUAUUUCUUUAAUUUCAUACUUCUGUGAGGCUUUUGCUAAAUGUGUUACAAGACUGACGGAAGAGGAAUAUCAAAAAUUAACUAGAAACGAAAUAAAGAGUUUGAUCAAUACGCUCUAUCAAUAUUGCUUCUACAAUAAAACCGAGAAGGUAAUCGCUGAUCAACUUUCUGUUUUCAAAAGAGUUAGGAUGCAAAACUGCAAUCCUCCGGAUUUUAUUGUGACGAACUAUGAUAUAUCGACAGAAGUGGUCAGUUUAUUACAUCCCUUGCAUUCAUUUGUUUCUUGGGUUAUAGAGAUGAACAAAACUUUGAAAACACCUCAAGAUCUGAUUCAUUUAUUUGAGCUUGAUGCAGAGGUGAACAAAGUUGGUGCAGAAGAUGCACACCGCUUGCAACGGAUAUUCGAAUUUCCCUUAAGAACUCUUGUGAUCCUAUCUCAAAUAAAAAUCGGAUACUGGGUUAGAAAUGGGUUCACUAUUAGAACUCAAAUGCAUAUAUACAGAGACAGUGGCAUCCGAGAGUGUGGUUUUAUGCGUGACUUGUUCAUGGUACAGGUUUUCUUCUCAAUAGAAGAUCCCAGCACUGCUCUAGUUUCCUUCUUGGACAAAUGGGGACUGACAAACUGGUGUAAUGGAAUUACUGAAGAUGAAUCUGUGUAUGACAAAGUUACUAUUCCCUAUAUCGUUGAAGAGUCGCUUUUGAGCUUAAUUAACCUUUUGACCGAAGAUACUCACCUUGAUGUCACUUCUGAGGAUGGAGGGUUGGAGAAAACUAUCAAAAGAGAGAUCAUACACAGUUUAGCUUUCAAACCUCUGACUUUUAGCCAAAUCCUAAGCGAAGUUCCGGAGCACAUAUCAUGCGAGAAGAAGUUUGACUACUAUCUGAAGGAGGUUGCAGACUUUUCCCCUCCAAAAGGUUAUCACGACAAUGGAUUAUACAAAGUCAAAGACAAGCUCUACAAUGCAAUUGAUCCUUAUUAUAUUCAUUAUACCUCCAACAAGAGAGAGGAGGCCUUACAGAUUCUAUUGAAACGAAAGAAGGACAAGACUGGCGAAUCAGUGGAUAAACAGUAUUUCUCACCAAAAAAGGUGAAGUAUACUAACAAUUCUCCAUUUAGUAGACUACCAUUAUUUUCGCAAACGGACGUAUUUGCUAAGUUUAUUUAUUCAACUUUGAAAUACGUUAUAGAGUCGAAACUAACUUUCAGUGCCACAAUUUUCGAUCUUUUGCUGCAUUUGAUUCAUGUCUGCGUAAUGAUUAGUGGAACAUCGAUUUUAAAGCAUUUUCUUGAUGAUCAUACAAACAUAUUUCAAUUACUAUACAGUAGCUCAAAGAAUCAAACAUUUAGCAGGUUUCACGCCAAGUUGAAGGCUAUUUUUGUCUUUUUGCAUGACUCACCAGGUUUUUCAGAAACAGAGGCUUCAAUGCUCCGAGAAAAAAUAACGGAUUUCAAUUAUGCGUCAAUAGUUAGCGGUAACAUUGAACCAGGAAAUGAUGAAUGCGAAGUGGAAAGAAAACGCAAAAUAGGAAAGGAAAAAAGUGCCAAAAUUCUAGCCAAGUUUAAAAGGCAACAGGAGAAGUUUUUGAGAAAUAAUAAUUUUGAAGAUGUAAGUGAAACGAGCCAAGUUACAGGAUGCGAUCCACCUUCACCGAAGAAUUUCGAAGAACAAUGCAUCCUGUGCCGAAUACCUGCUUCAGAAAAGAAUGUUUUCGGUAUGAUUUGCCAUGUUAGUGACUCUUCAGAGUUCCGGGAUAUUCCUUUUGAUGACCAUUACUGGUUCAUCAAAGCAUUCUCGGAUAAUGAAUGUCUGGAUGUUAAAGUUUCCAAAAGUUGUUUGGAUGACCCGAAAUACAACGAAAAAUGGAAAUCUUUCAACAAUCGAGUAAAGAAACCCUAUUCUAUUGGACCUGGACUACCAACAACGUUUCGGUCAUACGCCCAUAGCAAACCUGUUGUAUCAAGUUGUGGACAUGGGAUGCAUUUCAGUUGCUACCUCGAGUACAUGGAAAGUAUCAAAAGUAGGCAAACUCAGAUAACCAGGACCGUCCCCGAGGAUUCAACUAAGAAUGAGUUUCUUUGCCCUUUAUGCAAAUCAUUGAAUAAUAUAUUUGUCCCUGUAUCAUUACAUCAGAACAAUCAAUCAUUAGCCAAUUAUUUGAACCCUGGAGCUUCAUUUAGUUCUCUUACUCUAAGCUCAAUUGAUAAAAUCGUUCAUCAAUAUACUCAUCAGCAUGCCUUCGUUGUCUCCCAGGAAUUUAUGGCACGUUUUCAGCAAUCAUUGGGAUCUCAGUCAAUCAAGAAAAGAACCAGUAGCUUCCAAGUAUCAUAUCAGGAGUGUCUGUCUACCUCGUUGCAGAGUCUCACCGAAAGUGGCAGCCUACCUGUCUCAGAAGAACGCGCUCUGGAUGUGUUAGUGAAUACUAUUGAAUCAGCAGAGAUUGGAUUGCGUGGAAGCAGUGUAAUACCAGAGUGUCCCACGAUCCUGACCCAGAAAAUCUCUAACCAGUUACUGACCAUAUUGAAGGUAUGGAACCAUUACAGAGAUUGUAUCAUUAUGGAAAAUAUUAAUAAUCAACUGCAAGGCGCAGUUCCCAAGGAGCUGACAUUUGGUGAAGCACAAAUUGCCAUUAUCCGUUACUUCAAUGCAGAAGACGUUGACCUAGCGUUUGGAUCUUGUGAUUUCUUCAAGUAUGUGGUGGCCGUUUAUCCCUCAGAGAGCUUGGGAUUAUCAUACUCUGCAAUCGUUCGAAUGUUCUAUUCUAAACACAUUAUACAAGCAUUUUACAACCUCUGUGCACACCUGGUUAGCAACAACUUUUAUAAUAAUGAGGAAUGUAGUUUCCUAGAUAUUCCAUGUUUGUCAGACGAUUUAAUGAACGAGGAAGGAAUCGAAUGUACCAAACCAUUGGUGAUCCAUUUGCUUUUGCAACACUAUAAAAGUGAGUUUCCUUACAAAGAUACAGACAAAUUUUAUCAAGUUUUUUAUUCCAUGAUUGUUAGACUGAUGACUCCAUUCCUGAGAAGAUGUGUGUUAUUGGCAUCCAUGAGAAAUACUGAUUGGUCUGGUAUAGAUUUUGAUGAGUUGGACGAUAUUCCUCUUGAGUUGGACAAACUUUCACAUAUGCUGCAUUUGCCUCCUCUGCAUGAGAUGCUUUUGGAAAUUUUCGAUACCCGAACAGCUAUGUUGAAUGAACUCUCAUACAGAUUGAUGGCCAAACAAUUUGAUAUUCAACGUUUAUCUUUGCAGUAUCCAGGGUACAUUGAAUUAAUAAAUCUCCCUGAGAGAUUGGAUAUGUUUUUCACAUACUACUACUACCGCAUGGAGAAUCGGCCAAAAGAUCCUGCGGUGUGUCUCUUUUGUGGAACAAUAUUGGAUAUGCAACAAAGCGCCAUCGGAAUGAAGAUGGGUCAAUGCAACAUACAUUGUAAUUACGAUUGUCUUAACGAAGUGGGAAUAUUUUUUGUCCCCAAGUGCAGUGCAAUACUGGUGCUGUAUAAUGGAAAUGGAUCUUUCUACGAAUCACCAUACCUCAAUUGCCAUGGAGAGUUGGAUGAGGAGGUCAAGAAUAAUAGACCGCUCUAUCUGAAUGAGAAGAGGUACAAGCGCCUAACUAACAUAUGGUUACAACACGAUAUACCUAACUAUACAGCCAGGAAGCUCGAAGGCACUGUUGAUAUUGGUGGUUGGGAUACAAUGUAA